AUGGGUGUUUUUAAUGCUAACUUAGAUUUGGCUGGGAUCCUAAAACUUUGGUUUACAGAUGGCAAAGGUCAUAUCAAUAAUAUUCUUCCUAUUGUGAUCAUUUGGUAUCUCUGGAAUAGUAGAAAUGAGGCUAAACACUUGGGUAUUAAGAUGAAUUCUUAUGACAUUAUAUCCAAAGUGAGGUUUAAAAUUCUACAGCUGAAAGCUAUCAAUCUCAUUUCUAUUAAGCACUUUACUAACAGCCAUUCUUUGGCUGAUCACUUUGGGGUUCAUAAUGAGGGCAUUAUAAUUAAUAGGGAUUCUAUUGUGAAGUGGUCUAAACCAUAUGAUCCUUAUGUCAAGCUGAAUACAGACGGGUCUGUUCAUGCUACUAAAGCUGGAAUGGGUGGUAUUAUCAGGAAUUCUCAAGUAAAUCCUAUUGCAAUUUUCUCGGGCCCUCUAUCUGUUUGUUCUGUUUUAACCUCUGAGCUGAUUGGUUUGUACCAUGGUUUACAAAUUUGUUUGAGGUUGGGGUUACAGAAUGUUAACAUAGAGGUUGAUUCUACUCUUCUUAUUCAUAUUUUUUCUAAGAAUGAAGUUUGUUUCCCUCAGGAUUUUUACACUAUCAGAAAAAUUAAAAUGGCUCUCUCCUUACUUAAUUUUACUAUCUCCCAUAUUUAUCGUGAAGGUAAUGAGUGUGCGGAUUGGCUUGCUAACUUCGGUGCUGAGAGUGAGAAUUUUCUGGAACAUUUGGUGUAUGAGAUUCCAGUUCCUCUUAAAGGCAUGGUUAUUGUUGACCUUGAUUUUGUCAAACCCAUGGGCAUGGUGGACUGA